AUGGCUAGGAACCUUAUUGGUCUAGGUGUUAGUCGUAGUCAUGCAGAUGUAUUGCUUCCAAGUGCUGGUGGUGGUCUAUACUUGGUUUGUAUGAUCCUGAUGUCCCUUUCAGUAAUUUCAGCUAUAAUACUUUCUUGUGGUACAUCGUCUCGCAAGAAGAAAGACAAUAGAGAUACCAGUAGCGAUGGAGGAGACGGAGACGGAGAUGGAGGAGACGGAGGUGGUGAUGGACAUGGAAACCAUGGCCAUGGGGGCGGGGGACAUGGCCACCACGGCCAUGGGGGCGGGGGACAUGGCCACCACGGCCAUGGGGGCGGGGGACAUGUUGGUGGCGGAGGACAUGUUGGUGGCGGUGGUGGAGUGUUUUAG